AGCUGCUGGAGGCUCUGGACAACCAACUGCUCUCUCCCCUGGGCCUUAAGGACCAUGUUGGUGGCUGUCCUUCUCUCACUGGCCCUGCUGGGCACAACUGAGGCCUGCAAAGGGCACUCUUCCUCCUCCCAGACUGGCAUUGUAUGUAGGAUCACCAGACCAGCCAUCUUGGUGUUGAACCAAGAAACUGCAAAAGUGAUUCAGAAGGCCUUCCAGCGUGCCACAUAUCCUGACAUCAAGGGAGAGAGAGUCAUAUUGUUCCUGGGCAAAGUCAACUAUGGCCUAUACAACAUUCAGAUCAGCAACCUGUCCAUCUCCAGUAGCCAAGCAGAGCUGAAAAAAGACAAGAGCAUAGACAUUACAAUUCAGAAUGUGUCUGUGAUCUUCAAAGGGACCCUCCAAUAUGCCUACAAUGGCGGAUGGCUAUUUCAAGUUCAUCGGUCUGUUGACUUUGAAAUUGACACUUCACUUGACCUUCAGAUCAACACCAAGCUGGCUUGCAAUGCAGGGCGUGUGCAGGCUGACACCUCCGACUGCUACUUGUCUUUCCACAAGCUGCUCCUGCAUCUUCAUGGAGAAAAACAACCAGGCUGGAUUGAACAACUGUUUACAGACUUCAUCUCUUUCACCCUGAAGCUGAUCCUGAAAGGGCAGGUGUGUAAGGAAAUCAAUGUUCUUGCCAACAUCAUGGCCAAUUUUGUCCAGGAAAAAGCAGCUAACUUCCUCACAGAUGGAGACAUUGGUGUGGACAUCUCCCUGACCAGAACCCCAGUAAUCAAAGACAGCUACCUGGAGUCACAUCACAAGGGUUUCCUGACCUACAAGAACCAAUCUUCAGGCUUUCAAGAUAACACCUAUACCCCAAACCUCCUGGGUGACUCCCGCAUGCUGUACUUUUGGUUUUCUGAUAAAGUCUUAAGCUCCCUGGCCAAGGCUGCCUUCCUGGAUAAGAGACUAAUGUUGACCCUGACAGGAGAUGAGUUCAAGGCGUUGCUGGAGAACAAAGCCCUGGAUACCACCCAAGAUAUCUUGCAGGAGAUUUUUCAGGGUUCCUCCUUCAGUGACUUUCAGGUGGUGGUUCGAAGCCUGACUGCCCCCCUCAUCACCUGUAAGCUGGAGGGCACUGUAGUGAAGUCCUCUGUAGGUGUGGAAAUCCAACUCCUCCACCAAGACCAGGCCCCUACUGUGGCAUUCUCUUUUGAAGAGGAUGUUGUGACUGUCAUUCAGGCAUCCUACGAAGAGAAGAAGCUGAUUCUAGACCUCUCGGAUUUCCAGAUUCAUCACAAGUCUUUUCAUUCUGCUACUACAUUAUCUAUGAGCCAAGAGUCUACCCAAGGCUUCCUGAAGACCCUCACCACCAUGGUGGGCAUUCCUGUGAUCAUCUCCUGGCUGGAGCCAGCACUCACAGCACUGUUGAACAGUAAAGGCCUGGAUCUCUUUGAUAUCAUCAAUCCUGAAAUUCUCACCAAAGAGGGUUACCUGGUGCUCCAGAUGGAUUUUGGAUUCCCCCAGCAUCUGCUAGAGGAUUUCCUCCAAACCAUCAUCUAGAAGAGAGCCAACUGAAGGAAAGGGAAAUUGAGGAAGGCCGCCUUAGUCUCCUUAUCUAUAAAAUGGGGAUAAUCAUGAACACUUUCACUGUGGCACCUCACCGGGUUGUUGGGAGGAUCAGAUAAGCUCAUGGCUCCAAAUUGCUUUGUAAAUCUGCAAAGCUGUUAUUCUUCUAAUUAUCCUCACCAGUAUUCUCAUUGUUUGGUUCCCCUUGCCUGCAAGAAAAUUUGUCUUCUCACCUCCAUCCCCAGCUCCUACCCCUACUCUACAAGGAAGCUGGAGGCCCUCACAAGCUCCUGUUGGUAUCAGUCAUGUCAUUAAAGCUGGGAAUCUCACUACUUCUUUAGUGGGAGACUAGAGAAGAUGGAGGUGUCUGUUUCUGUCCCAAAACCAUGGGAUAGUCAGACUUCUCCCUCUGGGCCACCUCCCCGUGUUCUUUGUCCUUCAUGGGUUUUUCUUGUGGUCCCUAGUGCUUCUGUUUUAUGACACUUCUUCCAACCUUUUAUUUCUAUAAGACAAGUCCUUUUCAUUGUAAGAUUCCCUUAUACCUUCCCUCCCCCAGUGUUGGGGUCAUAUGGUAGCCACCACCAGGGAUUGAGGGCUUCCUACAAACAGAAUCUGAAAUUAGAACUGUGGCAUAGGGGCUCUAAUUCACCUCUACCCUGCACAUUCUAUGUGAUCUUUGCCCUGUGGAUUUCCUUUUGUGGGUCUCAAAUUUCCUUCCUAUAAAAUGAGGAAAUUAGACAAAAUAAUCUCUAAGAUUUCUUAGCUCUUAUAGGCCCAAAAUCUGUAUUCUUAGAUCAUUCCUCCUCUCUGAGCUUCAGUCUCUUCAUCUGUAAAAUGAAAAGAUUGGAUAAGGUUAUCUCUAAGGCCCUUUCCAGCUCUUAUAUUGUGUUAUUCUGAAAAGGAGCAUGGGUUUAUUGGUUGAUUUGGUGGGCGUUGAGGGGAUCGUUGACCCUUUAGUGCCCCCUUUAGUGCACUAUCACUUGCCAAAUUUAUCUCCCCAAAAGACUCCUCUGGUCAUGUCACUCCUCUGUUUGAGAACUGCCAAUGGCGUCAAUGGGAUAAAGUCCAGAUUUCUCAUUUGGCAUUCUCA